CAUGUUGGUUGAACGGGUUGAACCUAAUGCUCCCGUAAUUAUCUAAAUUGCUUCAUAAAUGAUGUGCACGUAUAUCGCAUCGCAUAUUGUCGAAUGACGUCUUUCCAAGAAAGAACGAAAUGUAACUUUUUCUCACGCAUUGUGACCGAUUAAUACACCAUUAGCCAAGAGGAACAUGUUGUUUUUGUGUGGUAUCAUUUAGCACACAAUCUAAUGCAGUACGUUUCAGUAUGUUGAAGACAUUAUUAAAUCAGUUUGUGAUUUUAAAAAUAAAUUAGUAAAUAUUGAAUAUGACGCCACAUGCAAAAUACCUUACACUGUGCACUCUUCUUAUGUGGUCGGCCAUUCAAUUUCUAGCAUCUGCAGAUGUCCCAUCAACUGAAGAGAUUGUAAAAUACUGCAACUCCACAUUCAACAACCGCCGAGGAAUAUGCAUCAGUUUCGAAAAGAAGUUAAAGAACUGCCACCCAUUGCUGAAACUUCUCCGAGAGAGAAAAUUUGCAGAGCUGCAACAAACGUUUUGUGACGAACCGGAACAAGGAGAUUCGUUUGAGCUGUCCUGGGUUUGCUGUCCCGAAGAUGAAUUGGUUGACAUAUCUCAUGAGGAUUUUGGAUCUCAUCCGAAUUUCAACCUUUUGCCACAUCCAGAGAAUUCAGUCUGCGGACAAAGUGGAAAUUCUGACAGGAUUGUGGGUGGAGAGGAUGCUGGGGCGGGGGAUUUUCCGUGGAUGGCACGCCUUGCCGUUAAAAGGGAUGACGAAGACACGGAGGAAUUUGUGUGUGGUGGAUCAAUUAUAAACGAACGUUAUGUCCUGGGGGCUGCGCACUGCUUUAAAGACAACGUUAAACUAACAAAAAUUCGAGUAGGAGAUACUCAUGAUGACGUAGAGAAGGAGUGCAUUGAAUAUGGCGACAGCACAAUUUGUGAAAUGGAAGAAGAUUAUGGAGUAGAGGACAUAAUAAUUCACCGAGAUUAUUCAGGAAUCACUGGAUCACAGCACGACAUUGCUCUCAUAAGAUUAAAUCGAGACAUACGGAAUAUUUCUUCAUUAUUCGUGCGUCCUAUUUGCUUGCCCUUCACAAAGGAAUUCAACAUACCACCCCUGCAAAUUACGACACCCGGUCAAACCGGGAGUAAUGUACAAGCUAUUGUUGCAGGAUGGGGAAAAUUGUAUAAUUCUGAUUCGAUUGGAAGUCCCGACCUUCAGUUCCUGUCCGUCCCAGUAACCGAUACUGUUCAGUGUGGAAAGUCAUUCAAGGCCAACAACGUCACCGUUACUGAGCUACAGGUAUGUGCUGGAGGUGAGAAAGGGAAAGGGUCGUGUGCUGGCGAUUCUGGCUCACCGUUAUUUUAUCCAGCAAAAACCAAGGGAAAGGCGACGAUUCGAAAUUUUCAAAUUGGAAUCGUCUCAUUUGGAAAACACCAGUGUGCAGCAGGCAAUGCUCCUGUUGUGUACACGAGAGUAAAGCGGUAUCUUACCUGGAUAUUAGACCACAUAAAAUGAAUGAGCAUUAACAAAUGUCAUAUAUAAUCAAAGAUAUUUUAUUUGUAAAAUUUGUAUGUAUUGUACAAUAGCAUUUACUAUUGGAUCGAAUCCAAGUGGAUUGGUCGGAAUGCACAAUUUGGUGAGAGUAUACCUAAUAAUAAAUUUCAGAUGGGUAAAAAAUA